AUGAUCUGCAACACAUGUCGCCGCGCAGCAAUGCGCUCAACCCGUGCUCCUCUCCGCACCCUCCUCCGCAUUCCCACAGCCAUCACCCGUCUACCUACAACAGCACCUGCAACAACACCCCGUCGUCUCCUCUCAACCUCCAUCCCUCGCUUCUCCGCCGCCGCUCAAGAAGAACCCGACCUCCCAUCCAUGAGCCCCGCCGAAGCAGCCAUUGCCGAAAUCCUAUCCGAAAAGCUGUCGCCUACCGAAUUGCUCGUCCAGGACGUCUCGGGCGGCUGCGGGAGCAUGUACGCCAUCGACAUUACAUCGCCUGUUUUCAAGGGCCAGACUAUUCUCAAGCAGCAGCGCAUGGUUAAUGCGGCUCUGGGCGAUCUUGUCAAGAGCUGGCAUGGAGUUCAGAUCAGGACAAAGGUUGCUUAA